AUGAAGGCCUUCUCAUUGACUGGUAUUGCAACUCGCGCCGCCAGCACACGGACAUGGACAUGUUGCGCCUGUCCGAGCAGCUCGGUGGCGGCACGCAGCAGUCUCACUAGCAGGGCAUUUGCCACGACGAAGCCUGCCGCAUUCCCAUCGCGAGGCAGCAGUAAUCGCAGAGAUGACAGCGGGAGUAACGGUCGCAGUCGCAAUCGUCGCAUCCUCGUCUACGCUUCUUCCGGUACCGCUGCUCUCGGCGCAAGCACCUUAGCCUUCACCGAUGACAUCAAGAAUGGCUAUGAGUCGGUUGAGCGCACCGGUCGCGUGGUUGCCGGUCUGGCGCUCUGUAUCAACGACUACCGCACGACACUAAAUCGGAGAGACGCGAUCGACGACGAAGAAGAAAAGGACAAGCUGCUGCGCGCGUGUCACAAACGAUGCGCCGAGCGCACACUCAAGGUCCUGGAGAAGAAUGGUGGCAUCUUCAUCAAACUAGGACAACACUUGAGUGCCAUGAAUUACCUCCUCCCACCCGAGUGGACAACGACCUUCAUCCCCCUGCAGGACAAGUGCCCGGUAUCGCCUUUUGACUUGAUCGAAAAAAUGUUCAAGCAGGACACGCAGGAGGACCUAUCGGCAUACUUCUCCGAUUUCGCCCCAGAGCCUAUUGGCGCGGCAUCGCUGGCGCAGGUGCACCUAGCGACCAUCAAGGAGACGGGCCGGCAGGUGGCGGUCAAGGUGCAGCACCCGGAACUAGAGUCGUACCUGCCGCUGGACAUGGCCCUGACGCGAUACACCUUCACGACGCUCAAGAAGGUGUUCCCCGAGUACGACCUUGAGUGGCUCUCGUACGAAAUGGAGCAGUCGCUUCCGCUGGAGCUCGACUUCACCGAGGAGGCCAAAAACGCCAACCGGAUGAGGGAGCACUUCGCCGAGAAGAUGCCGGAGAUGCCGCUGGUGAUACCUGAGGUGCUGUGGGCCAGGAAACGCAUCCUGGUCAUGGCGUGCGAGUCGGGCUCACGGCCUGACGACCUGGCGUACCUGGACGCUAACGGCAUCGACCGUGACGAGGUGUCGGCCACCAUGGGCCGCAUCUUUAACGAGAUGAUCUUUGGCGACGGCGCCCCGCUGCACUGCGACCCGCACGGCGGCAAUAUUGCCAUCCGCAAGAACGAGUCCCGCCGCCGCUUCGGUCGUGGGCCCAACUUCGACAUCAUCCUCUACGACCACGGCCUCUACCGCGACAUACCGCUCGACCUGCGCCGGUCCUACGCCAAGAUGUGGCUGGCCGUCAUCGACGGUGACAUGGCGCGCAUGAAGACAUACGCCCACGAAGUGGCCGGCAUCGAGGACAAGGACUUCCCCCUGUUCGCGUCGGCCAUUACGGGCCGCGACUUCAGCGUCGUCAGCAAGGAGGGCUCCAUCCUCAAGGCUCGCUCGUCCGAGGAGGAGGUCAGCAUGAGUGGAUCCCUGCAGGAGGGCCUCAUCGUCGACCUCGUCCAGCUGCUCGCCCGCGUGCCCCGCAUCAUCCUCCUCAUCCUCAAGACAAACGACCUUACUCGCAGCCUCGACGAGAACCUCCAGACCCGCGAGGGCCCCAUCCGCAGCUUUAUGAUACUCGCCCGCUACUGCAUGCGCACCGUCUACCUCGAGCAGCUCGAGAACAUCCGUGCUGCUGGAUCCCUCUUCUGGCCUCCCAACGCCGUUCGCGUCUUUGCCGCCUGGCUGGGCUACAUGCGUGUCGAGGUCAAGCUUGAGGCCUUUGAGAUGUGGCUCAAGAUCAAGAGGAUUCUCGGGCUCAAGGGUUCCAACUUUCCAAGCGGUUCGCUAGCACCACCGUCGACUUCUUCAUAG